AUGAGGUUCUUUGCUUUCUUCUUAGGUGUCGCCUUUGCGCAAACCCAACAUCCGGGAUGUCCCAUCGGUCAGUACGUCUUCGAAAAUGUGUAAGGAUUCGGAUUCACUUUUUAUUUAUUGAAAGGUUGCUUCAAAGAUGAAGGGUUAGAAAGUUAAAAGUCCCGAGAAAAAUCUAGCAUAACUAAAAUUCUGAUCCCAAAAAAAAUCUUUUCCUUUUUAGACUUUCUGCUGUUAAAUCUGCACUUAAGCCUCUUCUAAAAUGUAUCUCGAUAGCUUAAAACAUAAAUACCAACUCAUAACCAUAAGAAAUUCAAUAUUUUUCAAAAAACCUCUUCACAGGGGAAGUCAUUUUACUUUGGGGCUGGGAAUUUCCUGAAAAUUGGCCAGAACACUUCUUGAUGUACCUGAACACGAUUUUGAAAAUCUCAACCUGCAGAACUUCCUCGUUUUCGAAAAAAGACGCUCCAAAUUCGAAAGAAACCCUCAAAAUCCAAAGCCUUGACAUAGCCUAUUAUAUGGAUUUUGAGAGUUUCCUUUGACUUUGAAGCGUCUUUUCUCAAAAACCAGGAAGUUUUACAGGUUGAGGCUUUCAGAACCUUUUUCUGGUACAUCAAGGAUCGUUCCGGCCAAUUUUCAGGUAAUUCCCGACCACAAAGUAAAAUUACCUCCAUUGUCUGAUGCUUUUAGUUGACUUUUUCUUGUUCCACGAUUCCCCAUAUCACUUAUCAGAAACCGAAAGAACUGAUUUAAACAAAAAAAAAAUUUCUCAUCAACCGAAAAAAAGUCAUUCAGAUGCUACGUAUUCGUUCGUGAACCAUCUGAUUUCGAUGAAGCUGUUACAAAAUGCGGCACGGAUGGAAGGGCACUCGUCACCAUAACCAACGCCUUUCAGAGCAACUUUUUAAUGUGUAAGAUUUGAAAUGUCCGGAGUGGGAAUCAAUCAUUCGUACACCCAAACUUUCAAAACAAACAAGGAAGGUCAUUUUACUUUGUGAGUGGGAAGUUCCUGAAAAUUGGUCAGAGCGCUUCUCGAUGUACCGGAUGGAGAUUCUGAAAGUCUCAAACUGCACAGCUGCCUAUUUUUUGAGUAAGGACGGCUCAAAGUCGAGAAAGACCCUCAAAAUCCGUUAGAAUAGGCUGUCUGAGCCCCCGUUUCUCAAUAACCGGGAAGUUGUGCAGAUUAUGGCUUUCAGGAUCUUCAUUAGGUACACCUAGGAAAGUUCUGGCCGAAUUUCAAGGAAUUCCCAACCGCCAGUGGAAUGACCUCCUUUGUGAGGUGAAAAAAAAACUCGAUUUUUUUGUUGAUUCGACUCAAAAAGUUCAAAUGGAACAGAAAAUUGCAGCCGUGGCCGAGGUCGAGUUUUCCGAAACGAACGAUCGUUAUUGGAUUGGCCUCCGCCGAACCACAGAUGGUUUCGAAUGGAUUGAUGGUAACGCUAAGCCAACCUACACAAAUUGGCAGAUGGGUAAACAUUUAUCUGCGAAACCUUGCGACCGCAUUUGGAAUGGCUUAAGGUGCUGUGUUCGUUUGAAUUCGAUCAGUUUUCAAAUUUCAGUUUUCUGUGUAAAUUCCACAUGAAUUAGCUCUUCAGUGAAAAAAAAUUGUCCAUUCAUUUCCGUAUCUUUCAAAAAUUAAAAAUACAAGAUUUCAGGGUGUUUUUCUGAACAGUUUGAGCUCAAAAAGAAGUAUAAAAACUUUUUUUAAUUCUCAAAAAGUCUUUCAAAAUCGAUAACAGUAGUGUCUUCCCCCUCUAAAAAUUUCCAAACGCAUUCUUUAGUAGUAGAGGAAGGGGGCACCACUAAUAUCGGUGAUAGUUAUUGUGUGAUUUCAGGAAAUAUUUGUUUACAAAAUGAACAAACUUUCAGUCUUUUUCUUUACCUGGGUGCCCCCCCCAAAGUGUACAUUUUGAGCUGCAUUUUUUUUUCUACCCGCAAAAUUUGUAUUCUGGUCGCUUGAAGCACCGUUGAGCCAUUCCACGUGCGUCCAGUGCAUGAAAAAGUGAAAAAAUGCCAUUUUUCAGGCCAACCGGAUGAUUUUGGCAAUUGCACCUCUGUGCAGGGCGGUACCGGCCGGUGGCACUCCGAAGAUUGUUCCCAUUCUUAUUCCUACAUUUGCUCUGGUGACACUCCUACGACUAGAGCUUCAAGAGCAUCGACAAAUGCCCCUACUUCGACGAGAAAAGAGUUAGUUCUAGGGGGGUGUCAAUGUGGGAGCGGUGACUAGAGGAAGUUUAAUGUCAGUCAAGUCCUAAGAAGCUUCUGCUUUCGGUUCCUUAGAAGUUUUACAGCAGAUCGUCAAAAACCUUACCCCAGCCUUGCAGAAGCCUGCUGGAAGGCUGCUAGCAGGCCGCCCGCAGUUUUCGAUUUUUCUCUUUCCAAGAACCCUCUCAAGACCUUCUAGCUUAUUUUUUUUCUUCCCAACACCUUCCCCGGUUUUUUAAGUCCUCGCAGCGCGACUUUUACAACAAAUAAAAGACUUUCAAGUCAGAAAAUCCAAAUAAUAACCAAAAAUCUUUCAUUAUUUCAGUCCGACAGUAUCUCACGUUGACCCAGGACCAUGCAGAGCGAACUGGACCCACUUCCAGAAUGACUGUUACUUCGUAAGGCCUUCAAAAAGUCAAAAAAAUAAAGUUUUUUGCAGUUAGUACGCUCGGAAGUUAUAUGGAACGACGCUCAGGCCUACUGUAGGUCGUAUAAUUCCAACUUGACAUCGAUUCUCAAUGAAGAUGAGAACGAAUUCAUCGUUGGUCAGUUUUUUUUGCUCAAUCAAGAUCAAACUAGAGGGGGAGGGGGUAAAAAAAUUUUUUUCAAUAAGUAACUUUUUCAUCGAAAAAAAGUGACCAUAUGACUAUAUAAAAAAAUGAGGUUACAAAAUUCAUAAAAAAAGCUUUGACGGCUCAGAAAAUUUCUGUAAAUUUCCGUUUUGGCGCUAAUUUUUUGACAGAUAGUGGCCACUAUAGGGUUUCGAAGGUUUAGUGGCCGCUAUAGUAGUCAAAUUAGUGGCCACUUAAGGGAAUAAAAUUAGUGGCAACUAUAGAGGUCUAAGUGCUACUACUAGACCACUUAGUGGCCACUUUAGGGGUCAAUGGAUCAACAUAACUGGUCCAAUCUGUUUGUUUUAAAAUUAUCAGAGUUACCGGAAGGAAUACUGGAUGAAAAACUACUGAAGUGGACACUAAAACGGAACAUAGUGGCCACUAUAGAGGUGGGUUUAGUGGCCACUUCAGUGUCCUCUUCAAGUAGUCCUUGGCGAGCCUCUUCAGUGGCCACUAAAAAAUUUCCCAGGAAAAAGCCAAAAAACGCCAAUUUUUCAUAAAAAAUUAUUCAAAAUUUCAGCACUCGCCAGUCAAGGCCAACUCGACCAGAACUGGAAUGAUCAGGGAAGUUGAGCUAAUUUGGGAAUUUUUCAAUAAACUGAAAGUUUUGAAUUUAGAAACAGGUAUUGAACUUUCUUAAAAAGCCUUUUUUUCGGAAAAAAAAAACUAAAAAUUAAAGACCCUCCCUCAAAUCAAAUAGCAGCUUAAUAGAAGGGGAAAAUGAUGUAUUUUCAGACUUGGAUUGGUCUGAAGGGUGGUCAGAAGGAGAACCUUUACUGGGCGGAUGGAAACUUAGUCCAAUUCACCUCUUUUUUUCCCAGAAAGGUGGACGGCCAUGCGGUUCUGAUUGUCGUUAUUUUGUGAGUUUUUACCGAAUUUUGAAGUGUUUAUGCAAUUUUACAGCUUGACAGAGCUUAAAAAAUGUAAAUCCGAAAAUGCGGGGAAAAAAAAUCAAUAUGAACUCCUUUUUUCUCACAUCUUCAACAAGAAUGACCUGUUUAUAGCCGACAGCUUUUCACUAUUUUUGAGCCCUUCCCUUCGAUGCGCGCAGCCUGUUUCUGUGCAUGCGCCUUUAAAUUAAGUGAUUUCAUAGGCAAGGUCGUGAGGAACCUUUAAGGGCCCCUUGAGCAUCCGUUUUGGGUCAAAAGGUCUCCAUUAAUAGUUCCUAAACGGGUGGCAACAUUUUCCUUUUUACUGCCUUUUUCCCUCCUUUCAUCGGCCUUUAUCCACCCUUUUUGGACUUUAGAGAAUAAUUUUCAAAAUUGAAAUAAUUUUUACAAGUGACUGUGUAUGAACCAAAAUGUGCUACAGUAAUAAAAUCGGAAAUAAUCAAUGGCCAAGUCUUUCUUAACGCUUUCUGAGGCUUUUUAGCCCACCAAGGAAGAAAGGCUCAAUAAAGGCCGCAAAACGGAAUCCUUUCAGCGGCCAUUUUGCACCUGUUUCCGAUUUUGGCAGUGUUUCAAAGGCGCCUGCACAGAGAAAAACCGCUCCUUUUUAAAAAAUGGUAGCACAAUGAAAAUUCCUGAAAAGGUCCCUUGAAAACUCAUUUCAAGGGCAUGCUGGAAAAGUCGGUCGGUCAGUUUGGAAAACUAGGCCACGCCGCAAUUUUGCUCCUUGGAACACUUAGAAUUUCGACUCGGACAUUGGCAACGCGAAACGGACGUGCUCCGGACGUUUCUGGGCGAUUCAAGGGAUCACUUAAGAGGGGUUAAGGCUACUAAAGUGGUCACUAGAAAUGCCCCGACACGUCCGAUUCGCGUCCCGUUCGCGUUACCAAGGUCCGAGCCCUUUUUCUAUAUUUUUCCUUCGUUUUUAUCAGUUUUCUAGGAUAUGCGACACAUGCUCCUCACUUCAAACUAAACUGUUCCUUAUUUAUCAUUUUUUUUUUUCUCUGGGUAAUAUUUUACCUUUUGUUGGAGGUAAUUUUGUUUCUUGCCUUUUUUUUCUGUAUCAUAGGUGCCUGCACAGAGAAAAACCGCUUGUUUCGAAAAAAGAUGAUAGCUCAAUGAAAAUUCCUGAAAAGGUCCCUUGAAAGCUCAUCCCAAGGGCAUGCUGGAAAAGUCGGUCGGCCAGUUUGGAAAACCAGGCCACGCCGCAUUAUUGCUCCUCUCUUGGAACACUUAGAAUUUCAAACUUUUUUUUUCUUCUCUGAAUUUUUCUUCCUUUUUUCAAUUUUACUACGAAGGUCUUCGCUUAUUUUCAUUCAAUUGUAUCGUUUUCGCGAGCAAAAUACGAUCGAUACUACAUUCAAAACUUGAAACUGAUUCAAUUUUUGAAAAUUCUUAUUUAUUUUCUUGGAUCCAAAAUACUUCAUCUAACCAAAUGAGCGAGAUUAAGAAUCAUAAGUAAUCGGAAAAUGUCAUAAUGUGUAAAAUGCACACAAAAAAGGCAAGAAACAAAAUUACCUCCAACAAAAGGUAAAAAAUUACAUAGGGAAAAAAAAAAGAUAAAUAAGGAACAGUUUAGUUUGAAGUGAGGAGCAUGUGUCCAAUAUCUUAGAAAACUGAUAAAAAGGAAGGAAAAAUAUAGAAAAAGGGCUCGGACCUUGGUAACGCGAACGGGACGCGAAUCGGACGUGUCGGGGCAUUUCUAGUGACCACUUUAGUGGCCUUAACGCUCUUAAGUGAUCCCUUGAAUCGCCCAGAAACGUCCGGAGCACGUCCGUUUCGCGUUACCAAUGUCCGAGUCUAAAAUUCGAUUUUCCAUGGAGCAAAAUUUCGACGUGGUCUGGUUUUCCAAACCGACCGACCGACUUUUCCAGCAUGCCCAUUUCAAGCACUUUCUAACAUGUAAAAGUUUAUUUUUUGAGCUUACAAGAUUUUCUUCUUGCUGUUCAAUAUGAAAAUAACCAACCUUCUCUUCAGAUCGUGCCAGACGGCGUACAAGGCGACGAUUUGGCCAAUUGGUUCUACACAGACCCGACGGACGUGCAAAGCUCGUACAUUUGUAAAAAAAGCCCGCUUAUUUGA